GCCUUGAAGAAACAGAGAGUUGGAGAGAGUAUGUUGUGAAGCGAUGAGGGGUCAGGAGCCACGUUCCACAUCUUCCUGUGCAGCCUGCAGGCUCUUGAAAAGGAGGUGCAUCCCCAACUGUAUCUUCGCACCCUAUUUCCGACCCGAUGAGCCGAAGAAAUUCGCCAAAGUCCACAAGGUGUUCGGUGCUAGCAAUGUGAGCAAGAUCCUGAUCGAAGUGCCCAAAGAGCAGCGCGAGGAAACAGUGAAUUCGCUUGCGUAUGAGGCCGAAGCAAGGCUCAGGGACCCGGUGUAUGGUUGUAUUGGGGCCAUAGCUUUGUUGCAGAGGAAGAUGAUCCAGCUCCAACAUGAUUUGGCCCUUGCUCGAGCAUGUUUGGCUCGGUACGUCACAACUCCAUCCUCGAUCGGUGGUACCGAUGAUUGGGUUAUCGCGGAAGCUCUCGGUGAUUUCCCGGCUGGUUGCGGAAGAUCUAUAGACAGUUUUUGCCAAAAUAUUUCGUAUGAAUUGAAUGAGGAAGCACAUAUGUAUGAUUUUAGCCAAAUUCCAUAUGUAUAAAGAUUGCUCUCCUGUUGAUUGGUAGGGUUUGAAUCUAUUACCUAGGCCCCAAGAUCAAGUUUGAAUUAAUAUCAGAAA